AGCUUCACGAAACUAUGACAACAAUUUGGAUCUGUUGGUGGAAAAGACUGACUUCAAUUGGUCAAUUAAGUCAAGUCAAGAGCAUGCAGAUGUGGGACAAGUUCUUGAAAAUAAACCAUGAGUCCUGCUGCAGAUAACCCCUUUGUCUUCACAUUCAAACUCAACAAUGUCCUCAUCAAUGUUUUGGGAAACGUCUUCUUAAGGCUUACCAUCUCGGCUUCAUCCAGGAAGGAUUUAGUAAAGGAGGUCGUCUACCAAUCUGGAGAGUCUGAAGAAGAGGUCAAAGAUCACAUUUUCAUCACUGAUGUUGUGGCAAUAUCUUCAGAGAACCAGGAUGGAUACAUCUCAUUUGCCAAAAAUAAUGUCACGUUUUAUUUGCCCAAAGACUUAUGCCAAAAUGGAAAAGGAAAAGAAGUGACCCUUGAGAUAGCAGCCUAUGAUCAGACAGAGAACAAGAAGAUAGCUGAGUCCUCAUUCCUCAUUUAUCCAAGGGGAAAGAAAAGCUCACAUGCAGGGACCAGUGAGGAGAUCUACAGGCAAUCAGGAGAACUGUUACUCGUCACUAAACUUCCAGAGGAAUCCAUUCUCGUCCAGCUUGGAAUAGUGAAAUAUGAAGCUAGUCUUCGAUCGCAAGAGCUUCCCUCACCUAUCCCCUCCACCCCGUCCCCUCUCCCCUCCCCUACUAUGGUUCCAACCCCUCAGCCGGAACCCCUGCCAGAAGACCGGCCAGAACCUCUCCCUGUGGCUUUACCAGAACCAGAGCCGGAACUAGUACUCAGGCAGCGCACCCCCACCCCUCCUCCUGUGCCACCUGUGGUGACAUUUGACCCUCCAAAGCGUAGAGAACCUAGCAGACCAUCGGGUAUGAUAGCACUACCCAACCUGGUGGAGGUGGUGGUGGUUGUGCAUGCUGCCAGUGGGUUGUCUGCCCUGCGAGACAAUUCUACCCCUCGCCCUUAUGUUCUAGGGAAGAUUCUACCAGGUUCUUCCAAGGGCAGGGCAGCUGUACCUCAUACCCAGACCCCUUGGCAGAGCACCCAUUCUACCGUUGCUCCUACCAUGAGUCCUAUAUGGGAGGAGGUGAUAUGCUGUAAGAUCCCGGCUGCUGAUAGUUGCUCAACUCAGUCUGAUGUUCUGACGUUGAAGAUUGUUGAUCAACCUACCAAGACUGACAUCUCAACCUUUGAGCUCUCACUGUCUUUGCUUGAACCAUUUCAUCAUUAUCACUUAGACCUAGUACAGGCUGUACCUCUAUCACCCAGUGCAAUCCAUCUCUACAUCACUAUCUAUCGCAAGCUGAGCAUGCUACCAGAAUGUGGAGAUUUCUCCUUCCAUGGUCUGGAAGUAAGACUAGUAUCCUUGGACCGUCGUCUGUACGAUGCUAUGGGCUCCAUCAUGGCUGUCACAAAGAUAGUUCCUGACUACCAGAAGUACAGAGAUGCUUUUCGUGAGCACACCCACCUGCUGAGUGUGGAGCCCUUGGUAGUGGAGAUGCCCGUCCCACAUCCCUCCUCAUUCCUGACAGCAACAAGGGGGAAGCAUCAGGGCUAUUCACAGCUUUGGCUAGCAGAUGUUUCAGAUAAUAUGCAGUGGGAUCACUCCUUUGUCUUCUGUCAUGAGAGAGAGCUAGCGUCCAUGUUUGUCAGUACAGCGGCUGUGGUUAUUGAGCUCUAUGAUGUCAACUCAGCCUUUGAUGGCACGAUGUGGCACCCUCACAGACCCAUUGGUUUUGCUGUGGUUCUCUUGGACAACAGGGUUUAUAAUGCUCUGACCAACAACAGAGGGAAGUUAGGGGUCAGGAUUCCUAAUGUACCUCUUCAGAUGUGUGUUCUACCAACUCACGGCAAGAAAACUCCCUCACUCUCUCUUGCACUCAGGCUACUUACAUCUCGGGUCCCAGAUUCUUUGCCCUCUGUGUCCAAAUUGGACACCCUUCCGUCCGUGGAUGGUUUUACAUCUCCUGAAACUCCUGAAGAUCUUCUACCCCCAAUCGAACCAACCUGGGGAGGCUUGAACCCUGAACCUGCAUAUUCUCCACCCACCACACCUUUGCCCCAACCUCUCUAUGAUUUGGUGAUCAUAGAUACCCGGAAAAAACUGUCCUUGAAAGAUGAUGACCUCCCACCUAGUGAUGCUCUUCAGAAUCUUCUGGAUUCCAAUCCACAAGACCGCUUGGUUCAGCCCGGGGAGAAGCCUACAUCAACCAAGGGACUGAUACCCACCAGGCUUCCUCCUCCUUCAGACAAGCCACAAUCAAGAGAGCCAAAAUCUCCUGUCGGUGGCGGUCAAAAUGAUCAGACACUUAUGAACCUGAUCGACUCACAGCAACGGGAGAUCGAGAGCUAUCGACAGGCCAUGAAGAGGAUGGGCGAGGAAGUGAUCAAGCAGCAGGACGCCCUCACGAGGUUAGAGACAGACAACUCACGUCUCCGUCAGCAGGCCAACAUGUACGAGGAUACGACCAGGGCAAUGGUGACUGAUGCUAAGCUGGAGGGUAUGAGCAAGGCAGAGAUGCUUGAGAAAUACGUGACAUUGAAGAGGUCCCUCUCUAAACAGGUCGCAGAAGCAGCAAACUACAGAGAGAAACUACUUCAUGCUCAGAACGACCUCAUCAAGCACAAUGACAGGGAGAAGCAUUAUCUGGACCAGCAGGAGGCCUCGCUGUCACAGUCUAAGCUCCUGCAGGAGAGGCAGGGGAAGGUGGUGAAGCUGGAGCAGGCUUGCAGGGAGCAGGAGAAAGCCCUAGAGAAGAUGGACCGAGCACUGAAAGCCAAACAAGGCAAGCAAGGGGUUCGCUUUAAAGAAGAAUCCCAGGAGACAGCAGCACUAGCAGCUGAGAAUGCCAGAUUGAAAGCAGAACUAGAACACAUGAAAGCUCUCUCUGCUUCUCAGCCGAGGGGAGGUUCCGCAAAUGAAGCAGAGAAGCUCAGGAUGCAGUUCAUGUUGGAGAGAACUGAGGGUAGAGUGUCAUCAUUAGAAAAAGAGCUACUGGAUAAAGCCAAAGAGUGGGGCAAAGAGAAAGCUAGCAUAUCACUGAGAUCAGAUGAUUCUCUAAGGCAACGCUCGUUACCUCCCCUGCCAUAUUAUGACAGAGGAAAACCCCGGCAGGACUACAAUGAUGCAUACACUGAUAGAUCAUAUGAUGCCAGAAGACCUAGACUGGGAUAUGGGACCCCAACAAGACUAAGUCCUCUCUACUAGACCAACAUCAGCGCCUCUCUCCUGGACCAUGCAAAGGCAUACCCAACCCUAUAACCUUAAACCUAAGCUAAUACCCAAUUGCGACCCAGAUUCUUACCCGAUAGUUUUGAUAAAAUGAAGCCUUGAGAUAUUGUCACUCAGGUAUUUGUAGGAGAAUACUUGUUUCAUCAUGAAAAUGUAGAGGAGUUAUAUUUAUUGUAAUUGUUUAGUUCACAGUGCCUGUUGAAGUAUUCCCACUAUGACAUCACAUAUAGUGACUGAAUUGCAGAUGAGAAGAUCUCCAUUUCAAUAGUGAUCAAACAGUGCUAGAACCCUUGUAAUUAAAUCCUUGUUAUUGAUAUUUUUAAUGGUUGAAGUACUACUAGCAGA